AUUCUGGAAGUUCUGGGAAUGCUGGGAAUUCUGGAAGUUCUGGGAAUGCUAAGAACUGUCCCAAAAACAUAAAGGCUUGUAAUAAAACAUCCUCAAACAGUCUACAGACCAAAUGCUGCAUGGACCAUGUAUGUGACUGCCUGGGCAACCAACUGUCAUGUGACAAACUCCAAGCAAUUAGGACGAUGGAGAAAGUUUUGGUGAGAACAGAAGUAACCCAAACAACAUUUAUGCAGUCCAACAGUUGCAUGGCUGUCCUACAUAAGCCUCCCAAUUCUGUCAGCAAGGGUCUUGAUAUGUAUUUCAAUGACACUGAGGACUCUACGGGUAAGAAUGUGCCCAGCAGCAAAGUGAGAGUUCAGCUGCCAAAAGAGGUGAAACUUGGACCAGAUAAUACAGUUGUGUACUUGACGAUUAAGCUUGAGGUUGUUUGGAAAGGUUUAGAAGACCUGUAUGAUGAUAGGCUCAUCGGUCUGAGUGUCCAUGGCAUGGAGGUUUCAGGACUUAACGAAUCAAUAAAGAUCACAUUCAAUAUGAUCACCAGCAUAAACGAAACCCAGAAACCUGUGUGUGUCUACCUAAAUGACACAACAAAUGAUACCAAAAUAGAGGAAUGUGACAAGACGGACUAUAAUCAGACUCACAUCACCUGUUUCUCUAAUCAUCUCACGUACUUUGGCGUGCUUCUGGUGUCAGCAGACCUCUCACCUAAAGACCAGGAGAUCCUAUUCUACAUUACCCAAAUUGGGUGUGGUAUCUCUCUUUUGGCUCUGGUCAUCACUGUUUUGCUCAUCAUCGUAAAAAGCGAGAAAGUGGCAAAGACGUCCUCCAACGAGCUGUGUUUUUAUAUGGCUCUUCUUCUUCAUUACUCCCUGUUGGCCUCUUUCACCUGGAUGGCCCUGGAGGGCUUCCAUCUCUAUCUUCUCCUGGUCAAAGUUUUCAACAUCUAUGUUAGGAGAUACCUGUUCAAACUCAGUGUGGUGGGAUGGGGUCUUCCAGCAGUCAUCGUAUCAGUGAUGGUGAUCAUUGACAAAGACCUGUAUGGCCAUACCCCUGUGGUCUUAUCAAGACCUAAUGAGACUACAGUAUGCUACAUAACUGAUGACACAGCAAAAAUGGUGACCACAGUGGGAGUGUUUGGCUUGGUGUUCCUCUUUAAUGUGAUCAUGUUUGGAGUGAUAGCCAAACGGUUUUUGGAUAACACGUUUAGCAAACAGGACGGACGGAGAAAGUUUAUUUCAGCCCGAAGAGAAGUUUUAACACUGCUGGUUCUUAUGGUUCUGCUGGGCCUCCCCUGGGGACUGAUCUUCUGCUCACUAGGGGAGACUCCAGCUCCUGCCCUCUACGCCUUCUGCAUUAUGAACAGUCUGCAAGGUGUCUUCAUCUUCAUUUACUUUGUGUUCCAUUUGGUCCAGUGCAAAGGGUCAGCUUCUGCAUCCAACACUGAAACACAGAUUUCUAGCAUCAAAACCUGAACUAAAACACACCGUUCUUAGUCAGAAGGACAGUGGAGAGAAAAGGUUUUGGGAUUUGUUUGUUUUUCAUAAGUAAAUAUUUCAGAUUGUCUACUUAAUUCACAUAUAUUAGACAAAUAUAACACCAAUAAACACAAAAAUACAGUGUUUUAAUUAAGACUUUCAAGUGAAGAAAAAAAUGGAAAUUGUGCAUACCAUUAAAUUGGUCGUAAAACUCAAAUAGCAAUUCAGAAAAUAACAAUUGUACAAUCAGUAAAAUAUUGUUGUGAUAGUGUUAUAGCCAAUGGCUUUUUUGUUGACUCAUGAUCUUGCUGUGAUAAAUGGAACCAUAAAUGAACCAUCUUCUAUCUAUUAAAACAUCCUGAAGGAGAGUGGCCAGCCAUCUUGUCAUGACCUCAAGCUGAAUAUUUAAGUCUACUAGUGGGAGAAUGACGUAAAACAAACCAAAGGUCCACCCCUGAAUGGCUUAAGACAAACUAAAACACUUUGGGUUGGCCUGGUAAAAAAGCCCUGAUCUGAACGUGAUUUUGGUGCAGUAGCACGAAUCUCCUCAAAUCUGGCUAAAUUACAACAGUUUCUUUAAACAUGAGUGGGCCAAAAUCUCUGCAGAGCCCACGCAUCCUGCACCCAAAAUCAUUAGAGUGUUAUUUUCAGGUUUGUAUUACAGAGAGCUAUUUGCAAAAGCCAACUAAAGAGACAGUCUUUUUCCCCAGGCUGUCAGUCUGAUGGACACAAUGCAGACGUAACAGUUUGAAAGAAAAUAAACAACUGACACCACCACAACUUGCCUUUUUUUUUGUUUUUCUCAUAUUAAUAAGUGACUUCACAUAGGCAUAGAAGUACACACUGUUUAUUGUAUCCUUCAUUUUAGUUCCUCUAAAGUUUACGUAUUUAUAUUUUAUAUAUUUUAUUUGUAUAAUAUGUGCAAAACUGAACGCAAAUCCCUUGUUUAUGCACACAAUCUUGGCCAAUUGAGCUGAUUUUGAAAUUGAUUUUGAUUGCAGUUUUUGCUGCUAUGUGUGUGACAGCUAGUUAUUAGAUUUAGAAGGCAAUCAUUUUUGGAUAUUUUGCUCUUCAUAAGAAGCACCUUCAUUUAAACACUGCAUUUUGUGAUUAUUUGCGUUAUCUUUGUCUAAUAUUUCAAUUUGGCCUGAAAAACCUGAAAAAAAAAAUCACAACAGGGGCACUAAUAUGCAAGUUUGGACAUAUGUAAUGUAUUUUACAUCUUGUUAUGUUCAUAGAACCAGAACUAAAUAAGGAGGAGCAGCAUUUAGUUCAUAUGCUCCACU